CUUGUGAGAAGUUGAAGAAUUGCGCGCGUAUGGUUGGUUGUGCAUGGAAAUGCGUCCGAGUGCGCUGCAGCCGGCAGCCGGCAGCCGGCAAGCAACCAGCAGGACCGGCACAAAACCAUGGAAAAACAGGGCAAUCACUCGUGUUCCCGAAUCUUGAGGCUGUCGUCUAGCCGUCUCGCACGAGGUCAUUCGGCCUCAGCCCGUUGGUGCGUUUGCUUCUGUCUGGGGUCCUGGCAAGCAUGGACUGGGCUGGGCCAUAGGCGGUGUCGAGCACGCACGGAAUCGACCGCAGGAAACGCCUCUCGAGAAGAACAUUCGGUCAUCGAAGCUUUCGAGGCUGGGGGAAAAGGGAGGGGGAGUAAUACUAGCUUGGGCUUUUUGUUUCGCCCCAGGGGAGACGGCGUUUGUCCUAGUCGUCCCACGCCUACACUACAGCCAACUACCGCGUUUGACGACGCUAAAGGAUCGAUGGAAGGGGGGCGGCGGGGUUCGCUUUCGGCUCUGUCUCGUCCCAUUCGGGAUGGGUAGGUGGAAAUGGAUGGAUUGAGGCACGUCCGCUACGAUGUGAGCCAGAUACGG